ACGCUUGGCAUAUUCCGCUUCACUUUUGUCACCAUCCAUCUAUCAUACCAUGUCCGAAUCAGACUAUUCUGCCGAACCGCUCGACCUCAUCAAGUUGAACUUGGAUGAACAGGUGUACAUUAAGUUGAGAGGUGCUAGAGAAAUGGUGGGCAAGUUGCAAGCCUACGAUUCGCACUGCAACAUGGUGUUGAGUGACGCCACCGAAACGAUUUUUGAGGUUAAAGACAAUGAAGCCAAUACCAGAAGCGUGUCCAAGAAAUCCGAAAUGAUCUUUGUCAGAGGCGACUCUGUGAUCUUGGUGACUAAUCCUUAAUUAGAGGUGAACGAUUCCCCCGUCCGGGGUGACGGGUCGAAACCGAAUACCUAGUGAUGCUCUGGUUUGAAGCGUUGCACCUCCCGUGGUGCCUGUAUAUUAUCUAAAAAGCGGUGGUGAGGAUGGG